CAUGCUCAAAUUUACCUUGGGUGUUCAGAUUUCACAUUUUGCCUUCCUGCUUUCUUCAGAGAAGGAGCAAAUCCACCCCUCUACUUACUGCAAAGAAUUCAGGGUGGUGAUCAUCAGCACAGCCACAUCCCUGUGCCAUUAACAUGAAUGCUCUUCUGGCUGUUACCGUUUGUCUCCUGGUUGCUUUGGAACCUGUGAACUGUCAAAGAGCUCGUGGGAAGCUUCAGCCAUGGAUGCAGGGUGCCAUUGCAGUUGUUGUCUUCUUGGUUUUGGCAAUGAUUGCCUUGGUCGUCAAUAGAUUAUGGUGCCAGGAUAAAGAUGAUUCCUUUGCGGAGAAAAUCACAAACAUGAGAGGCAACAAGGACAAUGUGAUCAUGUCCAAUGGUACAGAAGGAAGCUAUUCAACAGCUGCAGCAGCUUUCCGGUGUGAAGAAGGACCCCACAUUUAUGAAAACAAGAUUGAGGUUGAGUGUCACAGCAAAACUGAGUGUCAUGCUGAAAACCACAUUGAUGACGUUACCACUUGCAUGUAGCAACAUCAUCCCUGGUAUCCCUCACAUCUUAUUUUUUUUAACAUCCUCCUAAAGUCUUAUAGACUCCAUACAUGUUGAGACUGGUUUUGCACAUCUGUUUUUGAACAUGGAUUUAAUCACAUUGUUACAAGACAUUGACUGACGGUUGACAGAAGUCAAAGUUUCUAUUCUCACAGUGUUAAAACUCUUGCACACUGGAUUUCUUUUAUGUUAUGAGCCGAGUUCUGAACUACACAUAUCUUUUGGGUAGAAUAAACAGGCACAUGGUGUUCUUUCUUUUAAAAAAAUACUCAAAAAGGGGGCUCACCAACAGAGGCUUGUAUUCAAUGUUAUUCUAACUUAGUCCCCAUUUAUUUCAGUGGGUUUACUCUAAGUAGGACUAACAUUGUCUACAACCCCAUAUCUUUACACAACCUGCCUGUUGGCUUUUCCCAUGGUCACUUAUCAUGCCUUCUUAGAGCUUUUUGCCAAAUUGCUAUACACAGCUCACACUUGAAAAUCUUCCAUGGCCCAUUGUCAUCUUCCACUGUUCAUCAUCUGGGUAAUUCUUGACUAGAAAUGAUUCUUCCUACAUGAUAAAAGUUUUCAUUCUGACAGAGCUUAAGGAAGCAGGAACCCUAAGUAGGGAUGUUCCCAACCGAUCAAAUGAGUUUGGAUUUCUAUGAAUCUGAUCUGGACUGGCUUUUUCCACAUCCCAUGGAUUCUGCAAUCUUGGAGAAUGUUUUUUUUUUUUUUACUUGUGUGUGUAUGUGUGGGGAAUUAGUGCAUAUUUGCACUUGUGCUGAUGGGGAUUAGUGCAAAUGCUCAUUAGCACAAGUUAUUCCACCUGUGCAAGUGGAAUAAACUUACCAUACAUCCUUAAAUACCCAAUUCCAUCCAAUGAGAAGACAAUGGGCUGAACUAUACCUGACAAUCCAUGAAAAACAGAUGGAAUGGAUUUAACAAAAUCCAUAUAUUCCUAACAGUAUGUAGGUGUUAUCAGCUCAUUAUUGCAUGCAAAGGUGAGGACAUGAUGAUCUUCCACCUGGUGGCUUACAUUUUAUUCUUGCUCUGCUAUGGAAUUGGUGUAGGGACACACCUGUUACAAGGGUUUGGAUAAGGCCAAUAUGAAUCCAAUCUACCCUUAUACAUGAGCUAUCAGUUUUUCUUUCCAUAUCUGCAUCGCAUGAACUGAGGUAUUCAUUAUCUACAAAAGGGGUGGUCAGAUUGAACACCACCAGAUGUUUUAGAUGUCAGAUCCGACAAGACCCUGCCAGUAAUGCUGGAAGUUUAAGUACAAAACAUCUAGAGUUCUACUGUUUGCCCACCCUGACCUACAAGUAUAUCUUCUUGGUUGUUACUUACAGAAUAAAGACUGUUCUUAAUGAAUGCAGGAAAAAAAUCCUGACAUAAUUUGCCAAUAUAAAACUGAU